CCGCGGGGACUCGCUUCGCUUCACCACCAUCCUCCCCGCUCCGCGUUAAAAGGCCGUGCGGGAAGAAGAGAAGGGGAGGAGGGUGGACGCGAGUUGUAAAGAUCUCUCUCGCGCCUUGGUUCUCUUGCUUCCCUUCUUCCGCAGCAGCAUAUAAUGGUGGGAUCUUGGCCUGCUGCGUUUUAUCCGUGGCUUCGAUCAUGAGGGGGAUCUCGUAGGCCGUGAUGACGAGCUAGAUCUGGCGGCUCGGAGGUGGUCUAGAGCUGUCGCGUCGGAUCCGCCCGUUUCCAGAUGGUAUGGAUACAGAGUCUGGUGAAUGAGCUUUUACCUUGGAUUUGUGUGUUUUUAGCUGCAAAAAUACUUCUGUCUUCCCUGUUGUGAGCACAAAUUUGGAUUCGCAAAAGAUCGUCGCGUCGAAUGCUUUCUGCUCAUUUUUGGAGCUACUUCCAGUUCUUGUAAAAAGAGACUGUCGAAAUGGAAAAGUGCCCAAUGAGACUUAAUACAACAAACCAAUUAUGUCAAGAUCCUAUGUCUGAAAAGAAGUCGAGGUUUUGGCAAAUCAACGACCAGCCAUUUCCUAGAUCUGAAGUUAUCUGUCCUCAACCUCGUUGGGUAACUAGGGUUCCUUAUUUCAUGGAAUAUUGCAAUAGAAUCGGUCCCAAUCCAAAAGGCAUUCUGCAAAUUCAUAGAGUGGAUUAUGCUUCUGAAACUCUUGAUCUUCUCCAAAGAAGGGAAUGCCCUGAGGGUGAUGGAGAGUUGGGCAGCCAGGUGGGCCUUUUGUGUGGAUCACCUCCUGCGCGCACUAACAAUCCCGUAGUCCGAGAUGCAGAGUUUGGCAAACAUAGCCAGUUCUUACCUUCCCCAAUUGGAGUCUCCCUCAGCAUGAAGCAGGCAGGGAGAGUCGAAAAAGGGUCUCCAAGCUGUGGUUCUUCCCCGGAAGUAAGAAUUGAAGGCUUUGCUUGUGGCAACUCAGAAUCCCACUGUGCUGUCCCUGCUCUUGCUUGACCUCUUCACAACUCAAACCGAUCUCGCUGUCUGUGAUAAUGUAUUGACCCUGCUUAAUCAUCAGUCUCAAGGAGAGUUUUGGUCCUGUACAUACCUGAGGUUUCUGUGUAUAUUUCUGACGUUAAAAGUAGUAUCUUGGAUGCUGGUGUCAGAUCCAAAGUUGUAAGUAAACCUUCUUAUAUUAUCCGAGUGUGAAUCUUACGAAGUCAAUCGAUAAUUCUUCUCCUGAACAAA